AUGGACCAGGACCACACUCACAGCUUCGUCUUCCACCUAAAGUCAAGGGAAGGUGGACACGCCAAACUGCAGCGACCUUGUUUCCGUCCAAUCCAAGAGAAUUUACGGAUUGCUAAAAUUAUGAAGUUCCUUGGCUUUGUCACGUUGGCUUCGGUGGUGGUUGUUGGCAGGAGCCAGAUCACCAGCCAGAUACCAUCGAUGAAAACCGAUCUUUCUGAUGAAACCAUAUGCACUGAUUCUCCCACCGACUGGAGACGUCCAGAGCUCAGCGAUAUCUCGGUUGAAUGUGGUACCUCCUACAUAAGCCUGGCCAUCCAACUGUGUCCUGUCCUCUACACCGGCUACAACGAGUCUCUCCUGGUCAUCAACAACGUGUUCAACAACCCCAACUGUAAGGGCACUCUGGACGAGAGCGUGAUCCCACCGGUGGUCCGCUUCACAUUCCCCAUCAACAUGACGCAUGCUUGUGGGAGUACUUUUCUGACAAACAGUUCAAAAGGGGUCGGUGUGUUCUCGGAUUUCUCCAACAUUGAGACAGUGAACAUCAGUGGGAUCCUACGCUCGCUGGACCCCUCCCAGGGAAAGGUCACCUACAACGCUGAGCUGUCUUACUACUACUCAUGUGCCUACCCACUGGAGUACUUGAUCAACAACACGCGCAUAGAUGUGUCGGCAUCUUCCAUCGCAGUGCGGGACAAAAAUGGAAGUUUCAUCAGCACUUUGAGCAUGGAACUCUAUAGUGAUUCAACAUUUUUGAAACCUAUGGAGAUACCAACCGCUGGGUUAGAGCUCAGGACCAAUGUCUACGUCCAGGUCAGAGCAGACAAUUUGACAGACCAAUACCAUGUUCUGAUGGACAGAUGCUACGCUUCCAUUUCACCUCUUCCGACCAACUCCUCGUUCCAUAACCUUUUUGUCUCAUGUAGCCAGGAUCCAUUGAUGAAAAUGUACAAAAACGGAGACAGCCAAAAAGCAAGAUUCUCCUUUUCUGCCUUCCGCUUUAUUGAGCAGCAGAAUGAGACGGUGUCGACCUACUACCUCCACUGCAUCAUCAGACUGUGUGAGAUCAGCACCUGCUCAUCGUUCAAGCAAUGCGCAAAAAGAAGGAGGAGAAGAGAUGUGGAGUCUUCUGGAAUCACUGAACCCACCACUCUGUCCUUGAACAAGCCUAUUGUGAUCAAGAACGACAAUGUUGAACCUGUCCCAGCAAAAGCCCACGCGCUUACCUCCAAAGAAACCACCAAGGGUCUGGAGAUUGCUGUGGGCAUCCUGGCUGUUGCUGUAGCUGCCAUGUUUGUGGUGGCUGCCGUUUUCUACCGGAGGAUGAGGCGUUGA